AAUUAAAUGCUAUAUAAUUAUUAUUACUAUUUGAAACCACCAUGGUAAAAUUGACAAUAGCUACUGGUGCUCAACUAGUCACGGUGGCCAUCGGCCUGUUAGGUCUGAUAAUCAUAUUGAGGGCAGUCAUAUUUUUUCCGACACCACCGGAUCCAGUCGACUGUCGACAGCAGUCCAAUCAUACGUCAAUCGAUAAUACCGACGGCCGACUAGUCAACCGAUUUAUCCGAGCCCUACGUUUUCGUACGAUAACCCGUGCGCCGCAAGUAUACGACUCCCAGGAAAUCAAAUUGUUUAUCGAGUUUCUCAAUAAAAGUUUUCCAGCCGUCCAUACAUCGCCAUCGAUUGGUCUGACAAUUAUCAAUGAACACAGUCUACUCUAUCAUAUACGGGGUUCCGAUCCGAGCCUAAAACCCUAUCUACUAUUGGCGCACAUGGAUGUAGUGCCGGCCGAGGAAGACAAAUGGCAUUCGCCGCCAUACGACGGUACCGUCCGACCGGAUGGCUAUAUCUAUGGUAGAGGAACCGUAGAUCUCAAGGACGUACUAAUGGGUAUAUUAGAAUCGCUGGAGUUUUUAGCCGAAACUCGGCACCAAUUUCGCCGAUCAUUUUACGUGGCCAUCGGUCACGAUGAGGAAGGCCGCGGUCUGGACGGUGCCCGACAAACGGCCAGUUAUCUCAGGAACAGUGGAGUUACCGAAUUUGAGUACAUACUCGACGAGGGACCGUUCAUACUUGAGCGGGUUAUAAUGGGCACUAGUCGAUCGGUGGCCAUGAUCGGUGUUACCGAAAAAGGUUUCGUUAACGUACGGCUAACGGCCAACGGUAAAGUUGGCCACUCAUCGGUACCGCCACCUGAAACAUCAAUUGUUGCCCUAUCGCGUGCAGUGGCCAAAUUUACGGCCUAUACACACCCGAAUCAGUUUGGCCGCGGACCUGAACGGCAACUAAUCGAAUCAAUAGCACCGUACGCUACGUUUGCCUAUAAGCUACUCUAUGCCAACCUAUGGCUAUUCGGGCCAUUGGUUUCCCGACUAAUGGAAACGGACAAUACGAUGAACAGUUUUAUCAGGACUAGUACGGCGGUAACAAUGUUCAAAAGUGGCGUUAAGGACAAUAUAUUGCCGGGCGAUGCCUCGGCAACGGUUAACCAUCGGAUCUAUCCGUUAAGUUCCGUACGGGAAGUACUUGAAUUUGAUCGCCAACUGAUUGCCGACGAUGACCGCAUCCAAGUCGAGAUACUCGGCGUACCCAUUGAACCGCAUCCGAUAUCACCACGAAAUCGGUUCGGCUAUCAGGUUAUACGCGAAAGCAUUCGGGAAGUUUUCCCUCAAGUAGUAGUCAUACCGGGUGUUAUGUUGGCCGCAACCGAUACCCGAUGGUUCUUGAAUUUUACCCGAAAUAUCUAUCGAUUUUCACCGGCUAUUAUCCCCAGGGAAGAUAUGGACCGAUUUCAUGGACACGACGAACGUAUAUCAGUAGAUAAUUAUGUAAAACUUGUCAACUUUUAUCAUCAUAUUAUCAUCGGAUCCGAUGAUAGUAGUCAUCGAGGGUUUAGUAGUUUAGCUAAAGACGAGUUAUAA